AACAUCAAAUGGCCAAACUGCUACAGUCUCCCCCUAAGUUCCUUCCUGCAGAAUGGCACAUUGCUAACAAGAACCAGUACCACAGUGCAGAUGCCCAGAGGUCCAGAUCUGAACGCCUGGUGGCAGAAAGCCAGAGGCUUGUGGAUGAAAUUGAAAAGAGCACAAGAAAGGCUCAAAGUGAUGUGAACAAGAAACUAGAACAGAGACUUGAGGAAGUCAAGUUCUGGAAGAAGGAGUUAGAUGACAAACUUGAGCAGCUUGUGCACGAAACUGACGAUCUACUGAUAUUCAAAAUCAGGUUGGAAAAAGCCCUGGAGAGCUUAAAAGAACCCUUGCACAUCACUCAGCUGUGCCUUGAGUACAGGGAGAAGCGAGUUGGGAUUGACUUGGUCCAUGAUGAAGUGGAAAAGGAGCUGCUGAAGGAGAUUGAAAUCAUCCAGGGGGUGAUGGCCGUGCUGACCCGCACCCUGGAGGAGACUACCGAGCAGAUCAGACUGAACCGUGCUGCGAAGUACAAUCUUGAAAAAGAUUUGAAGGACAAGUUUGUGGCUGUGACCAUUGAUGAUAUCUGCUUCUCACUCAACAACAACUCGCCAAAUAUCAGAUAUUCUGAGAAAGCAGUGAGGGUUGAACCAAACUCCGUGAGUCUGGCAGACUGGUUGGAUUUCUCCAACGCCAACGUGGAGAAGGCUGACAAGCAGCGCAACAACUCCCUGAUGCUGAAGGCCCUUGUGGACCGAGUCCUGUCCCAGACAGCCCACGACUUGCGCAAGCAGUGUGACGUGGUGGACACGGCGUUCAGGAUCGGACUGAAGGAGAUCAAGGGUGCCAAGGACAAGCUGGCUGUCCACCUGGCCAAGGUCAUGGAAGAGAUUGCUUCCCAGGAGAAGAACAUUGAAGCUCUCGAAAAAGCCAUCACUGACCAAGAAGGGCCCGCCAAGGUGGCUCACACGCGCCUGGAGACCAGGACGCAUCGGCCGAACGUGGAGCUGUGUCGCGACAACGCGCAGUAUAGACUGAUCAAGGAGGUCCAGGACAUCAGCCACAACAUUACAAGAUUAAAGGACACAUUAGCCCAAGCUCGGGUGGAGCUGAAGGGGCUGAACCGCAGACAGCUUGCCCUGCAGGAGGAGAUUCAAGUCAAGGAGAACACCAUCUACAUCGACGAGGUGCUGUGCAUGCAGCUGAGGAAGUCCAUCCCGCCCCAGGUUGGGGAAGAGCAGGGGGGCUGGGUUGGGGGCCUCUGCCCAGAUGCUGUCUGCUAAUAGCAGGCCGAGUGGGCAAUUCUCAUUAAAC